AUGCCUUAUAAAAUGAUCAAUGUGGAAGACUACCAAAAACUUGCAAAAUCGACUUUACCCAAAGUGAUUUAUGAUUAUCUGGAAGGUGGGGCAGAUGAUGAAAAAGGCUUACAUCACAAUCGACAGGUAUUUGAUCAAUGGCGGUUUAAGCCGCAGCGUUUGGUCGAUAUUAGUGAACGAGACAUUUCCUGUCAGUUGUUCAAUCGUCUUUGGAGUGCGCCCUUUGCGAUAGCACCUACUGGAUUAAAUGGUUCAUUUUGGCCUAAAGGGGAUGCGUUACUUGCAAAAAGUGCUGCUAAAGCCAAUAUACCAUUUAUGUUAUCGACAGCUUCGAAUAUGUCGAUUGAGGAAGUCGCCAGAUCUAGUGAUGGUGAAAAAUGGUUUCAGCUUUAUGUUGUACAUCAAGAACUAGCCAAGCAAAUGGUGCAACGUGCUUUAGACUCGGGUUAUACAACUUUGAUUGUGACCUUGGAUGUUGGUGUAAACGGUUAUAGAGAACGUGACCUGCGUAAUCAGUUUGGAUUACCAUUAAAAUUUUCUGCAAGCUUAGUGCUAGAUGGUAUGUUACAUCCGGCAUGGUCGUUACGUUUUUUAGCCAAUAGCAAGCCACAGUUAGCAAAUUUUGUAAGCUCUAAGACAGAUAGUCUAGACAUUCAAGUCGCAAUUAUGAAGCGCCAAAUGGAUGCCAGUUUCAAUCAAGAAAGCUUAAAACGUAUCCGUGAGAUUUGGCCUCAUCAAUUAUUGGUAAAAGGUAUAAUUAGCGCUGAAGAUGCUCAAAUUGCUAUUCAGUGUGGAGUUGAUGGGGUAAUUUUAUCUAAUCAUGGUGGACGUCAACUUGAUUGUAGUGUGUCUCCUAUGGAAACCUUGCAAGAAGUUUCUAGAUGUAUUCAACAACCGAUCUUAAUUGAUAGUGGUUUUAGGCGGGGUUCAGAUAUUGUCAAAGCAUUGUGUUUAGGCGCUGAUAUGGUGUGUUUAGGUCGCCCCACACUCUAUGGUUUAGCAUCUAAAGGUGAAGUUGGUGUUGAUGAAGUAAUCCAACUGAUGAAGCAGGAUGUUGACCGCACAUUAGCACAAAUAGGUUGCCCAUCUGUAAAGCGGUUGGGCAUGAGUUAUCUUCAAUACAACUCUGAUAUUUUGAAGCAGGUCACGGAACAAAAAAAAUAG